GUUGUAAUAACUGACUAACUUUCGAUAACAUUCUCAUUUUUUUCCUCUCUUCGUAACCAGUGAGCAGCUGUAGUAGCAGAAUCACACUUAAACGCUUGUAGGAGCUGUGAAUGUUAGGAACGCCGGACCACUUAAACUGUUACGCUCCUCGGAAGUGUUUCGCGGACCGGAAACGACCGAAGAGUAGCGAACACACGUCACAUACACACAUAGGGGGGCACAAAAUCGACUCGGGGCGAGAAAAAAAAUUGGCCGACAUAAAAAGCAAUUCAACAAUUCAUAAGCCCGAAUGAGGAUUCAUCUUGUCGCAUGGACUGGAAAACGGUGGCUAUAACAACGGGUCACUUGUGCAAGCAAUAGAAAGAGCUAACAUUAAGGCAGCAACGGAAAUGGAGUUUUGCUAACGGUUUGAAAACAGCAGGACAGGCCGAUGAACGAGUGGGAGAGUGAAGGGAAAAGAGGAAAAACAACCGGCCAGGCCUCCAAAACUAUGUUUCGCCCCGGCGCAACAAUACGAGAUGGUGUAGGAAGUACCUUGAGUGUGAUUACAUAUCGCGGCGUCCGGAACAUGUUUUUGUAGCGCAUCUCUGAAGCACUCGCACGCACUGCCGUUUUGUUUUUGACGAGGUCCGAGGAGGCCUAUGAGGUUGCGCUGUGUGCGAAAGCAUUCGCACCGCAGAGCUAUUUUUCUUCAGAGAGGAAAAACUGUCCGCGAAUGAGUCUCUACUGUCGCCGCUUUGUUUAUCCCUCCAGCGCUCUGUGAACAUUUGCAGGGUCACGUUAGCUGGCCGGGUGGCUGCAGCAUAGCUGCACAGCCAGCGAGCGACAUAACCGAUGGUGAAGCCCGCCUCGCUAGUACUACGGGCAAAGAUUCAUGAUUUUUGCCAGCGCGGGACCGCUUUUGUGAGGAGGAUUGAAGAGCGAGUGAGAGAUGUGAAUGGAAGCGGGAACGCGAAUGUCCCUCCCUCUCCCUGCUCCCCUGUCACUCACUGCUCAGUCCAUCAGCCCGGGUUCGCUUACACAUCUCCGAACCCGCAGUCACUGCAAGACAAGACUGUAGAAACAAGCAGAAGGAAAAUUCCAGUCAUCACAUCUUGUCAUCUCAUCUGUGAAGAAGCCCAACAGAAGCAAGGAAAAUAGUACACAGAGGAACACGCUGAAAUUACAGAAAGUGUAAAGUGCUGGACAGUAUUGUUUUUUUUUUUUUUUUUUUUUCUGUACCAUUAUUUCACACAAAUUAAAGACUGCUUUAUCUUCAAGGAGUACAAAUUAAACUUUUAUUCCAGUUAUGGAUAUCAGUUGAAUGGGAGAAAGACUUUCUAAGUUACUGCCAAAACUACAGCUUUGUAAGAAACAUUACAUGUAAGCCAGCCGUUUCAGAAGCUAACCACCUCACCUUAACACAAGAAGUUUAACAUGGGCAUCACGUCAACAGCAUUUGUUUAAGAAUACUUACCUGUACAAAACAAAUAUUUUAUGUGAUACUGACCUGUGACAUAACCAUGUGAAUUACACCAUGGAGAACUGAAAUAAAAGGGAUAUCCGGCAAAUUGAAGGAAGGAAAUUGGACUACCAAGAAGUUGAAAAAUUGUUUUGUGACUAUUGCAAAAACACAGGCUGUGUGCCUGAAAAAGAAAUUGCAUUUGAACAGAUUAAAAAUCCUAUAGCAGUUAUUUAUAUUUGCCAACAGACUGGAAAAGCUCCAGCAAGUAGUACAGAAGGACAACAAAUAAACCAGAGGAAGGAACGUACCAAAAGACAAGUCCUGUUGCCCGCUCCUCUUGGAUGGAGAGUGGAGGCAGUGGGCGGUCAUCAGCAGGAGGAGGGGGUGGCAGCGGAGGGACAGGGACAAGUAAUAGUGGCAGUGGCGGCGGCAGCAGCAGCAGCAGCAGUGUAGGAGGAAGGGGGUCAGGAAGUAGUGGAGGAAACAGUUCCAGAAGUGGUGGUGCUUCAGGUUCAGGAUCAGGAUCAUCAAGCCGUAGCUCCUCCAUUAGUGGUAGUGGAAUUAUCAUUGCCACUUCUGGGGCUGGUGGUGUGGCUCCAGCUCCCCCACCUGCUAGCGAAUGGGAGAUGUUCCAGUUUGGCAAAUACAAUCUGGACAUUAUAGAGAUGCUAAGUGGACAUCAAGCCCAUCAGUUUAAAGGUCUUGGAUUAGAACGACAGCUGCAACAUCAACAACAAGUUCAACUUCAUCAGCAUCAACAGCAGCUCCAGCAGCAACAGCAGCAGGCUGAAACUUCAGGAGCCCUUCUGUCUGGUUUAAGUCUUGGAUCACUUCAGGGAUCUAGAGGCAACGCAUUUUCAGAUUCAUCUUCAAUUUUUGCCAAAAUGAGUGCUCCUCCCCCACCUUUGCCACAGCAGCCCCCAUCUUCAUCAUCUUCACAGAGUUCUCGGAAGUCAAGCAAAAUGGGUGUGAGUAGUGGUAGUGGAGGAGGAAGUGGGGGUCAUGGAACUGGGUACCCACAAUUUUUGCGUUCUUUUCAUCCAGCAGAAGCAGCUUUAGCUCAAGAACAACUUCAUCCAGGAAUGGGUCGUUUUGAGCAUUUCCCUGGGGCUGCCGGAGGCAGUGGAGGAGGAGGGGGAAUUGGAGGAAUAGUCACAACUGCUCCUCCACCUCCACCUCCCUUACACCCUGGUCUCUCUGUUCCACAAGCAUCCCCUGGGCCUUCCUCAUCAUCUCCAUCUCCUUCAAGUUCAACUUCGACCUCCAACAAUCCUCCCAGCAGUAGCAGCACAGUAACUUCUCUGGGACACCAGAUUGUUGGGGCCCAGUCUGAUGCCCGCAGCUUACACCAGCAAUUCAGCUGUAUGCUGGCAGCCAAUCAGUACUUUCUCUCUGGGGUCCCAGCCAAUGCCAGUUUGGAGCAGUUUUUGGUACAACAAGGCACACACAACCAUCUUGGCUUGGGUUUAAGUCAAGCUGGUGGGGACUCAAGUUCAGGACUGGCUCCUCCCCCUGCUCUUCAUCCCUCUCACACACAUAGUCACUCUACCCCCCAGCAGCAACAACAGCAGCAGCAACAACAACAGCAACAACAGUUACCAUCUCAUGCCUUAUCUCACCCUCACUCUCAUUCUCACCCUCAUCACCCUCUCCACCCAGCAUCCCAGCCGUCUUCCUUAGGUGGUUUUGAUUUCCAAGGUAUUCCAGUUCUGUCAACCAAUCAGUUAGCAUCCUUGAUGCAGCAAGAAUCUGGCUUGCCUCUCCCACUGCCACUCCUCUCUCUCUCUAAGGAAGAAGGGAAAGGGGACAGUGGAGGUGGAGGAAGUGCUGGAGGAGGCAGAAGAAAGAAAGCUAUGGCUGGCUACUUGCCCCAAAGGAAAUCAGAGAGUAAUAAUAACAAUAGUAACAGCAGUAACAGCCAAAGCAGUGGAGACCCAAACUCCAGCAACAGCUCUGGGAGACAUGGCCAUGAUGCCACAUCAGGCCUUGUUGUGGGCACUGGAGGGCUUAAUAUUCCAAAUGUCAGUGGAGAACCUUCUAUCCUCUCCUCUUCUUCUUCCUCCUCUUCCUCAGCUGUCUCAUCCUCUUCUUCCUCUGCUCCUUCUUCAACCUCUGCCUCAGUCCUUGUAACAAAUGGUUCACAACUUUCCAAAUCUGAAACUGCUGGUGCUAUGGCACCUGCUGCUACUCAGCCUGAACCAGAGCCUCUCUACCACUGCGGAGAAUGUGGCAAAACUUUCACUCAUCUCUCCAGCCUGAGAAGGCAUCUACGUAGCCAUGGUCUGGUUUCUGGAUCUGGCAGCAGCACUAACACCCGUAACAACCCCACAUCUAAUCCUAAUCACAACCACCACAACCCUGAUCCUAGCCUCCCUCACUCAACCCAAGAACUCACUUCUCAAUCCAAUGCCCAUCAACAACAGACACAACAGCAGGCUUCUUUAAAUCCCCAACAACAGCAGUCAAAUCCAGCCCCCACCUCUUCCUCAUCUUGUCCAAGUCCUGAAAAGACUCAUCGUUGUCCUGAAUGUGGAAAAGGCUUCAAGAAAAGGGGGCACCUUCUCCAACAUGGUGUCAUUCAUUCUGGUGCAAGACCUUUUGCAUGCACAAUUUGCCAGCGUGCUUUUAAUCGUCGUGAGUCACUCACCCGCCAUGAGAAGAUCCAUGAGGAGAAGCCUUACCGCUGUCCAGCUUGUGGCCGUUGCUUUCGCGAGAGCACCUCACUACUUAAUCAUGCAGCUUCAGGCACUUGUGGCAAACCAGGGAGGGGAUCAAGAUCUAGACCAAGCACGAGUGGUGUGAGCAACUCUAUGAUUGGACGUGAUGGACACUAUGGGCGAAAGAAUAAUAAAACAAAUGCUCUAGCUGCAGGAGGCAUGGAAUCUGGCGAAAGUGGAGUAGUUGACUAUGCCGGUGGGCAACUUAGUGGAGGUGUAAUUUAUGGGAAAACUGAGGAAGAAGAAGAUGAGGAAGAAGAAGAUGGAGUAGUGGGAAGUAUGAUGGGUGGAGAUGUGGAAGAUGAAAAGACAGGGUUAAGCUGUGAAGGUCUGUUCCAGCAGGGCAGAGGUGGGGAGAAAACUGAACAGAAGUAUGCUGUUGAGUACUCUCGAAAUCGUUACCAAACGUCCUAUCGAAGCGAUGAUUUCCGUGCUGACUUCAAGCAACAUCGUUCCCAAAUAAACCCCUCUCCUUGUUACCCUGGAGAACUGUCCUGUGGAAGUGGAAUGGCAGGUCCUGCUCUCAGAAAGGCACCUUUAGCCCCUACGCUACACCCACAUCCUCAAAAUCAAACUCAGCAACAGCAGCACCAACAACAGCAGCCCCAUCUCCCCCUCUCUUCACUCCUAGAUGACUCAGAAGACGAUGUAACCAGUUCGGUUAACAGUGCCAUUUCUGCCAUUGCAGCAGCUGCUGCAGCAUCCUGCAUGCCUGGUGAGCUUAGUAGUGCCACUCGGGGAGAGGAGCGAAGGGAUAUCAUAGGAGGUCUUCUUGGGGGACUUGGUUUAGGUCCGCUUGGAGUUUCACCUGGUGGUCCUUCAUCAACAUCCGGAAUGGACAAAGCUUAUAGAGGUGGUGUUGGAAAUCAGGAUGGCAUGGGUGUUACAAUGACAACUUCAACCAAUCAGAAUCAACAACAGCAUCACCAACAGGGUCCAACUGUCAAACCUAAGCGGCCUCGCAAGCCCCGAUCAAAGAAAGAGCCCAACUCAGGUAAUGGAACUCCUGGGGAAGGCAGUAAACGACGACAGCGAGGAGGAGCUAGUGGGGACAGCAGUGAACGACUGUUCCUAUGCAGCGUCUGUGGUCGUGGUUUCACCCGUCGCGAAACCCUUAGACGACAUGACCGCAUCCACACUGGGGAAAAACCCCACCACUGCUCUGUUUGCGGAAAAAAUUUCAGAGAAGCAUUCCAUCUUACCAAACACCACACUGUUCAUUCUGGAGAAAAGAACUAUAAAUGUGGUUUGUGUGGCAAAGAUUUUGGUUAUGCGCAGAGCUUAAAAAGACAUGGAAAAUUACACCAGAAAGGGGAAUAUGAGGAGGUGUCCACAACAGCAGGAGGGAGUAAUAUUAACAGUAGCAACUCUACUGCAGCUCCCGGAGGGGGCAUUAGUCAAGAGAGGGAUCAAGGAAACUCUGAUGCUUAUUACUCCUAUCCUCCAGAUAUGAAACCUCAAGGAGCUAACACCCAGCCUCCUCCCAGACUUUACACUUGUGCCAUUUGCUGGAAGUCUUUCCGUCACCAUUUUCACCUGACUGCUCAUCAUGAAGCCGUUCACGAGGGUGGGGAUAGACUCUUCUGCUGUGAGGUGUGUGGAAAGGCCUUUGCUUAUGCCAACAGCUUGACAAGACACCGCCUUUCACAACAUGGUUUGACUCGAACAGGCCACCAAACUAAUCAACCAGGAGGCAGUGGUGUGUCUGGGGGCAGUGGGAAUACAAGUGGAUCUGUGUCUGAGAGUGAAGCAGCCACUAAUACUCUGCUUCAACUUGUACCACCUACUGCAACUCAUGGGGGACAACAAGCUCACACUAGUUUAAGCCACUCUCAGCAACCUCCUCAACAGCCUCCAUCAGGCUUCUCUCCUCUCUUCUACCUCCCUGAACUGGGUCCUCCUCACCCAACAGCCUCCAGUGCUCCUACGUAUUCUCACCCUCUUCCACCUAAUUCCACUUUGACUCCCCUCUCCAACCCCCAGCAGCCUGCCGGAAUAAAAGGGGAGCCUAUGUAUCAAACUGGACCCACACAUACCCUGAAUAAUGCACCGUCUAUCCAUCCUCUUCUACUUCUGCCACCCUCUCAACAGCAACAUCACCAUUCACAGCAGCAUCCAGUUGAGAUGCAACCUCCAGAUCAGCAGAACUUGCAAUCUCAGGGAGAUCUAAAGAAACGCAAAAAGAAGAAAAAGAGAAAGGAUGCAUUAGACGGAAGAGGAGCCACGGGAGGAGAACCUUCAAGUUUAGCAGAAGGGGUGAGAGAACAGAGGAAUGGUAACAAAUAUGUGUCAGCAGCAGAAAAGCAGAAAUGCAAGAGGAGGAAACUGCAAAAGAGAAAAAGAGGUGGGACCCAUCAACAGCAGCUUAAAAGAAAGAAACGAAUAGCUCAUGUUUUAAAGCUAAGACGAGCAGAUGGUGCGAGCAUAAAAAGGUUGUCAUCUUUGGAUAUUCCUCAAAAACACUUCCCAUGUCCUUUCUGUCCACGAAUAAGUUUUCCUCGCCAGGCAGCAUUGUUAGUUCACAGAGCAGUCAGACAUUCUCCAAGGACCACCUGCCCCCAACCUCGUCGGGAGUGCCCUGCCUGUGGAAAGCGCUCUCGCAAAUUCCUCACAGCCCUUAGUCAUAGAGGGUCUCAUCUUGCCCGAGGAUCUUUUUCUUGUCCACGGUGCCUCUCUCGUUUCUGGAAUGGGAUACUUUUGGAGAGGCACACAGUAUUCUGUCGAGGGAGCCUCGAGGGAGAAGGAACUGCAGGAAUUUGCAGUGGGACUUUGAAACUGAAAUCCAUUCAGAGAACAGUAAAGAAGAAAGAAGGACAGAGUGAAACAGUGCUAAUGGAGUACAGACACUAAAUCUUUUUGUAAGACUGAGAAGAUUUUAACUUUAGAAAUGGCAAGUGGAGAUUAAAUUCUUUUAUACCAGUGGUGGAAGACUAGGGCAAUAACACUUUUAUGCCUUUAAGUCAGACUUGGACUGACAUAGUGCCACUACCACAUCUCCCGCUGAACUUCUGAUCACAAUUAUGUGGAGCAGCAUUCUUGGAGGUUGCAGACUAACUGGGUGAAAAAUAAAAAUCAACCUCAGAAGAUGCACCUGAAGUUGCUGGGAGAACUGAAGACUUUCUCCACAUCUCAUCUCCUAAACAAUUAAAUAGUCCUUAGCUAACUUUGCUGGGAUGUUAGAGAUGAUUAAUUGGAAUAUGGCUAAUACUGUUUUCCCCUGUCUAGUUUACCCCCUUUAACUAAGUCUCCCUAUAUAGUCUCUCUGCUGUGUAUAAUAUGUAGUUGGUGUUCACUUAGGGCCCCAGUGGCAUUGUGCUUGACUGUUUUUGUUCUUAUAAAGUACUUUGGGAUAAACACAGGAGGUCAGUGAAUGCAGAGACUAGAAGCUUUGUUUUGUAGAAAGUCGAUGUGUCCAUGCAAGACAAACAAUCUUUGUAUGUUACUUGGUCAGAAAGUCAUAUUGUAAGUUCACGUUUGUGAAUUGACUUGCAGUUAACAUCUGUAAAGGAAAUGUAUCUCUCAAACCAUGAUAAUGAGUAUUUAAAUGGUAAAUUCAUUAUAUAUGGCUACACUGUAAAAAAAAAAAAAAAAAAACAGUUUUCUGAAAAAUGUUUGGAAAAAAGGACAAUUACAAAACUUAACAUACCAAUGAACAGUAAAACUUUUGUAUGAAAACUUGGCAAAGGAGAGGCAGAUGGGAACAAGCUGACUGUACUGUACAUUUUUUAUUUCAUUGUUAUAUUGUUUUUUUAUUCUAAGUAAUAUUUCAGUUUGUAUUGUUGCUGUUUUGGAGGGUGGGUGAGUGGGUGGGAUUGAGGGAGGGUGGGAGAGAUGGGCUGCCAUUUUAAGAAAGGAGGGUGGAUUAAAUGUUUGUGUGUUUAUCCUCCUCUGUCCAGUUACCAACUAUGAAUUUGGUCUAUUUCCCUUACACGAGUAGUGUUUUACUGAGCUACAGCCUUGUUCAUAUUCCUUUUCCCAAGACCUUUUCUUUUAAACAAAAAGAAAAAUAAUACUAAAUACAUUUCUAUCAUAUUAUUUGCC